UCCAUCGAUCCUGGGCAACAGUUUACUUGGGAACACUCCAACCUCGAGGUGAAUAAGCCCAAAAACCGCUACGCCAACGUCAUCGCCUACGAUCAUUCUCGCGUCAUCCUCCUCCCGAUCGAAGGCAUCCUAGGCAGCGACUACAUUAACUCCAACUACAUCGACGGGUACCGCAAGCAGAACGCCUACAUUGCCACUCAGGGCCCUUUGCCGGAGACCUUCGGUGACUUCUGGCGGAUGGUUUGGGAGCAGCGUUCCGCCACGGUGGUGAUGAUGACAAAGCUGGAGGAGAAAUCCAGGAUCAAAUGUGACCAGUACUGGCCAGGCCGGGGCACCGAGACUUACGGGAUGAUCCAAGUGACCUUGUUAGACACCAUUGAGUUGGCCACGUUCUGCGUCCGCACGUUCUCUCUGCACAAGAACGGAUCCAGCGAGAAGCGUGAGGUCCGCCAGUUCCAGUUCACCGCCUGGCCGGAUCACGGAGUUCCUGAAUAUCCCACACCAUUCCUGGCUUUUCUGAGGAGAGUGAAAACCUGCAACCCGCCCGAUGCCGGCCCCAUCGUGGUGCACUGCAGUGCUGGGGUGGGCAGGACCGGCUGCUUUAUCGUCAUCGAUGCCAUGCUGGAGAGAAUAAAACACGAGAAGACGGUGGACAUUUACGGGCACGUCACCCUCAUGAGGUCCCAGCGAAACUACAUGGUACAGACAGAAGACCAAUAUAGCUUCAUACACGACUCUUUGCUAGAAGCUGUUGCCUGUGGGAACACGGAGGUCCCCGCUCGGAACCUGUACACCUACAUCCAGAGGUUGGCACAGAUAGAAGUGGGAGAACACGUCACAGGCAUGGAGCUGGAAUUCAAGAGACUCGCCAACUCCAAAGCUCACACCUCCAGGUUCAUCAGUGCCAACCUGCCCUGUAACAAAUUCAAAAACCGCCUUGUCAACAUCAUGCCAUACGAGACCACACGGGUUUGCCUUCAGCCUAUCCGCGGAGUCGAGGGCUCCGACUACAUCAAUGCCAGCUUCAUUGACGGAUACAGGCAGCAGAAGGCUUACAUCGCCACCCAGGGACCCUUGGCUGAGACCACAGAGGACUUCUGGCGCAUGCUUUGGGAGAACAACUCAACCAUUGUGGUGAUGUUGACCAAGCUGCGAGAGAUGGGCCGGGAAAAGUGCCACCAGUACUGGCCAGCCGAGAGGUCUGCACGGUAUCAGUACUUCGUGGUGGACCCCAUGGCUGAAUAUAACAUGCCUCAAUACAUCCUCCGAGAAUUCAAGGUCACUGAUGCCAGGGACGGCCAAUCAAGAACCGUGCGUCAGUUCCAGUUCACCGACUGGCCGGAACAAGGUGUGCCAAAAUCCGGGGAAGGCUUUAUCGAUUUCAUCGGGCAGGUGCACAAAACGAAGGAGCAGUUUGGACAAGACGGGCCCAUUUCGGUCCACUGCAGUGCGGGAGUAGGCAGGACCGGCGUCUUCAUCACGCUAAGCAUCGUGCUGGAGAGGAUGCGCUACGAAGGGGUGGUGGACAUCUUCCAGACCGUGAAGAUGCUGAGGACACAACGGCCCGCCAUGGUGCAGACAGAGGACGAAUACCAGUUCUGCUACCAGGCCGCCCUGGAAUACCUGGGAAGCUUCGACCACUAUGCAACAUAAUAAGGAAAAGGAAAAGUUUCACAAAAGCCAUUCGUUGUGCAGACUCCUAACACUUUUUUCAGCCUGCAAGGCUCCUGUUUGAGCGACCGAUGCGAAGCUAGCCUCGACCUUUCUUAAACACCUACAGACUGAAUCAGAAAAAAAAACAAAAAACAGUUGCCUCCCCUAUCCACCCGUUUCGGAUGCUCUGCCAGGGAGGAGACGCCGGGGGAGAGCCCAACUGCAACGCCGGCCUCUUUCUCCCGAAGCGCCACGGCCUCUCCGAAAGGGACUCUCGGCCUGUGUUUGGAAACCCCAGAGCAUCUCCAGGGUGG